AUGCUCUCGUCGGCAUCAUCAAGCACCAGCUUCCAGACGCUCAGCAGCUGCAGAAACGGUUUGCAUCGCUUCGACCGACUCGCCAUCUCUCCGCAGGCCAGCCUGACUCAGGCUCUUGUUCGUCUCGUCGCCAUGGCCACUCUUGCCCACCCCCCACCUCCCGUUUCGACUGCCUCCUUCGGACGCUCUGUUGACAUGGCUACGGUGCAGAGUGGCGCGCACUGCCAGCACCGACCUCGACAGGACCAUCCGGAGCCACAGCAUCAUCAGAAUGGGGCUCAGCACUCUCCGGAGGCUUCGGGACCGCAUCAACCGCAUCAACCUCAUCAGCCCCAACAACCGAGCCACCAGCCGAGCCGAGUUGGCCACAGCCCCAGCCGAUCUCUUCACCAGCCACAGCCGCACGCCUCUCCUUCGCCGCAUCGGCACCCGUCGACUUGUGGACAAUUGCGACCGGACAAGGACGAGCGAGACAGACCCUUCCACGUGGAAAGAGCGCCAAUGGCGCCUUUUGGAGAGCAGCAUGCGUCAAGGCGACACGAAGGAAUUGAGUAA